CUUGCAUUCUGUAAUUGAUUCUCUUAGAGGACUGGCUGCUAUACAAAACCUGUUGACAUAGUCUGAACCAUGUCUGCUGUACUGACCAAGCCUUACGUCGACUAUCCCGGCUACAUCUUUGCCGCCUUUGUAGCGCAGGGAGGCUUGAUGGGGUUCAUCAAGGCCAGGUCGAUCGCGUCCCUCGUGUCCGGGUUGACGAGCGGUGCUGCCUUGGCAUAUGGAGCAUAUCUUAACACUCAGAACCCCAAGGACGUGAAGUUCUCCCUGAUCACCUCGCUCUUACUGCUCUUUGUGAUGGGCAGGAAGUUUGUCAGGAGCGGCAAGAUCAUGCCGGCCGGAAUGGUUUCCAUUGCCUCUCUGAUCAUGGUCCUGCGAUAUGGUCAGCGCCUGAUGUAGAAGACCAUGUGUUUGUCCCGACCGCUAUUGCCGAAGAGGUCGAUGUGUUCCAACAAUGCCAGUAGUGUCACAGAUUCUCGAUAUCCAUUCAUGCAUGCCUUCGACCUCGCGGAAGCAGAUCUAUAUGUAACUGAGUGAUUCCCAAACUCAACUUACGGAGUUCAUAAGACCAGUGAACUAACUAAGCAAUUAAGUAAUC